AAAAAAAAACUAAAAUCGAACCACAACACCAAACAUUGUCAUGGGAACCAUGACAAUGUUUGGUGUUGUGCGAUGGGGUUCGAUUGUUUUUUUUUCUUCUUUUGGUUUCCUUUAGGCGUUCGGUUAGAGAUGAUAAGAACUGGCGGUUGAAAUGACUUACGUGAAAUGAAUGUUUCACCAGAGAUGGCAAUCUCAACCGUUUGAUGUUCGGUUACUCUCGGCAUUCAUUUGAACCGACAAUUCAAACUGCAUUUCCAUUGUGAUGGGAUGUGAUACGCUACGCAAUGGUGCGGGACGGAUGCAGUAGUCGAAGCUACUCAUGCGUGUCAUUAAAGUAUGCCGGCUGCUUUUGCAUUUUCUAGACGAUUCGAUUGCUAAGCCCCACCUUGGCUUGUGUUAAUGUUUACAAUAUUUCCUGAACAUAAAGCCUCCACCUUUCUCAAAGUCACAGGGAUUGUACCGGAUGGAGUGUGUAGGAACCAUUGCUGUGUGAAAGCAUAUGACGGAUUGAAGUCCUGUUGCUUUACUCUGCUGUCAAUAGCACUUGUUGCUGUUCGAACUAAAGGCGCACAAAGCUAAUUACUUGCAAAAGCAUGGUCGAAGGAGCUUUUAUCUAGUUAAUACAGCAAAGGUUGGUGUUCUUUCUGAAUCCUUGAUGCCUUAUGACCAGGAGGGGGGGGGGGGGGGGGGGGGGGGGUGUGUGUGUGUGUGUGUGUGUGUGUGUGUGUGUGUGUGUGUGUGUGUGUGUGUGUGUGUGUGUGUGUGUGUGUGUGUGUGUGUGUGUGUGUGUGUGUGUGUGUGUGUGUGUGUGUGUGUGUGUGUGUGUGUGUGUGUGUGUGUGUUUUAUAGCCCAAACGCCCUUGUGUGGAGAGAAGCUGUGUGAUGAAGUGUAGCCACCUGUCUGUUGUGAUUGCCCCGCCCCUGGUAGCUUUGAGUGAUUGAUGUUGACUAAUAUAAUCAAAAAAAUAAUAACUCAUCCCUAGUCUCGUGUGUUGUAAAACACCCAAGGAUACGUAAGAGAGAGAGUAGAUUCAUCAUGAGUGUACGUCCAUCUUGUCUGCCUGCCAGCAACCGUUUUCUUUUAAAGAAUUGAAUGAUCUCAUUUCCUCUUAAUAGCACGGCGGUGAGGUACUUUCUGCCUCAACCGAAUCAGAGAGCGAAGCCCCUCUGCUGUGCCGCAGCCAGGCAAGAUUUAUGGUGCUGCAGUAGUUUUGGCAAGAAAAGCGCUGUGUCACCAUCGCAGGCCGGCUCCGGGGAGACCUGGCAACACGUAUGACAUGUAUAAGGACUAUCCUGCCCUGCCGCAGUGGACCAAAGGAAUUAUACUUGCAAAUUUAAGGCCGGGGGAGAAUAUUUUAUCGGCACAAGCAAAGCUAUGGAUAUCUGCUUGUCUAUAACUUGUGUGUGUGUGACUAAGCAUAUUCCCUUAUGUGUUUUUGCCUUUUCUAAUCUGAAAAGGCAGAUCAAAGGUUUAUAAUACGCCCCAUUUUGAAUAGCUGCCGAUAAACUAUUGCCCUAAUGGCUUUGACGAUGCCGUCUUCUUUCCAUAUUUAAGAUAAGACACUGCGCUACUCGCGUCUAAUUAACCGCGGCGACGUUACCGCGUAGACCUAUCUCCUGCUUCUUGCUGCUAGGCAACACAGGGGAUUUCCUAAUAUGGUGAGGGACCGAUUGUUGAGCGCGGAGGGGCGUUUCCACACAGCGUAAUGGUGGUGCCCGCAUUCCCCCCAUGGGAAUGACUAUGGCUGGAAUACUGGGAAUCGGUUAGGCUCCAUUGGUUUCAGCAUACGAUUUAAUAAACCUCGGCUCUUUUUUUUUUUUAAAUGUCGGUUGAAUGAAACCAGCAAGAGUCGGGAGAUCACAGUGGCAGUUUAGUAUCAGUUUCAAUACGACCAGUAUGUCUGCAUUGUUCCCCAUCGCUGCAUUGAAAGACCCUAUUGGGAAUGUUCCACUUUUAUAAAGGGGUGUGCCCGUUGAUAAAUAUUACAUAUUUACCAAUAAAGUUCAAGCCUUUUGCGGUGAGCGUCUGUUCGCGCGCUCCUCUGUUGCGCGACGCGUGGAUCGCAGCGCUGUAAACAAGCCCAGUUGUGCAGCAAUUGACCGACCGCGAACAUUUAUUUCCGGACGCUACUUCGGUGCACGGGUUAUUCGAAGGCAUGCUGGAGAAACUUGACAUAGAUGAUGACGCUGCUGCUGAACCAGAGAGUGAUAUCUACAUGCGCUUCAUGAAGUCCCACAAGUGCUACGACAUCGUGCCCACCAGCUCCAAGUUGGUGGUAUUCGACACCGCACUCCAAGUUAAGAAAGCUUUCUUUGCGCUGGUGGCCAAUGGCGUGCGAGCAGCCCCACUGUGGGACACGGAGAAGCAGAGCUUUGUGGGGAUGUUGACGAUCACAGAUUUCAUCAUCAUCCUACACCGAUACUACAAAUCACCCAUGGUGCAAAUCUACGAGUUGGAGGAACAUAAGCUGGAGACGUGGAGAGAGGUGUAUCUACAAGCGACAUUCAAGCCCCUGGUGAAUAUAUCACCUGAUGCAAGCCUGUUUGACGCAGUGUACACCCUCAUCAAAAACAAAAUUCACCGGUUGCCUGUCAUCGACCCUGUCACAGGGAAUGCACUUUACAUCCUCACGCACAAGAGGAUUCUCAAGUUCCUCCAGCUCUUUGUGUGUGAAAUGCCAAAGCCAGCGUUCAUGAAGCAGACGCUGGGGGAGCUGGGCAUCGGCACGUACAACCAGAUCGCCUUCAUCCACCCGGACACGCCCAUCAUCAAAGCCCUCAACAUCUUCGUGGAGCGGAGGGUGUCUGCGCUGCCCGUGGUGGACGAGAGCGGCAAGGUGGUGGAUAUUUACUCCAAGUUUGACGUCAUCAACUUGGCGGCGGAGAAGACGUACAACAACCUGGACAUCACGGUGACCCAGGCGCUGAAGCACCGCUCGCAGUACUUUGAGGGAGUCAUGAAGUGCCACAAGCUGGAGACCCUGGAGACCAUUGUGGACCGCAUAGUGAAGGCUGAAGUCCAUCGUCUGGUGGUGGUGGACGAGCGCUCCAGCAUCGAGGGGAUCAUCUCCCUGUCGGACAUCCUGCAGGCCCUGGUGCUCAGUCCCGCAGACGCUUCCAGAGAAGAGAAGCUUGCAGAGUGAGAAGACGAGAGUGAGAGAGAGAAGAGAGACGAGAGCGAGAGAGAAGAGAAAGACGAAAGAGAAGAGAAAGACGAGAGAGUGAAGCUUGCCGAGUGAGAAGACGAGAGAGCGAGAGAGAGAGAUGAGAAGAGAGAGAAAAGAGAGAGAGACGAGAAAAAAGCGACGAGAGAUAAGCGAGAGAAGAAGCACCCGAACAGGAUAUUUUGGAGGGAGCAGCAAGUUUUAUUUUUUUAUUUUUUCAAUCGAAACGGCCGAGGACUCGUAGCGGCCGGGCUCCUAGGGGCCUCCCCCAUCGGCCCCGGACUGAUGCACUAUAUAAAGGCUUGGAUACCAAAGAGCUUGGAGGGCCCCCGCACUGGAGGACCAGGGGCUGCCCCCCCCCCCGAUUCACCCCCUGUUGUUUGUGGUGUUAUUCUCCUUCUUCCUGUUAGGGUGUGUGUUUUGUUUUUGUUUUUUGGACACUGAACACACGCGCACACCGCUAACGCACACACACACACACACUGUGGGUGGAUAAACAAACACUGCGGCUGCGUGCGCGGGGAGAGGGGCGGGUUGCGUCACGGGGAUAAGCGUGGCCGUAAUGCUUCACGCUUGCCAGGGUUCAGGGUCAUGUGGAGGUUUGUGUGCUUGUGUUUCUGUGCCCUCCCUCCUUUCCAAACUAUCUUCGCUGUGCCAUGUCCCGUUUGCUCACAGUCAGCCUGCAUAGCGCCGACCUCGGGUUGGAUGGAUAUCCUUACUCAAGUUUGGAGGUUGUUGAGGUUCAUAGGCCCAAGAACAGCGUUAAGGAUAUCAGUAUAAGCAUACACCCGCCAUUUUAUCCGCCCUGCUGUUAGAACCAAUAAGGAGAACAUUCCUCCAUUGAGUCAAUCUCUCGCACUGACAAGACAACUGAAGGUAAUUAGAUCACAAUGUUAUUUUUUACGCAUCAUAAAUGCAUUUCCGAAAGGAGAUUGUUUGUUGAAUACCGAAAGAAGUGGAAGUCAGGCACUGAAAACAAACUUCAAAGCUCUGGUGUCACUCGAAAUAUUAAUGACGAAUAACACAAUUCGGGUCAACACAAGUGGUGUAGUAACUCACCACAGAAGUUACAGCCACAACCUCUAAAAGUAUUCUGAACACGCCUUCGAGUUCAUAGUUACUAUCUACUGCAACCUACAAAACAGAAACCCAAAGAAUGCACCUUGAAAUAGUUUAGUGGCAAGGUGAACACCCAGAGAAGAACUGAAUGUAAAGAUCUUUAUCCCACACACAAGGCGGGUGAGAUGAUUUGUCUGUGUUUGAGGUGUUGGAAUGGCUGCAACCCCUCCCUCGCCGAACCUGACAAUGGUUCUGAAUCACCGCCUGUUCUCGGUCCUGUUUCUGUCCUUUCUGAAUGUGUGUGUGGGUCAUUGUUACCUGAUUGUUACUCUAAUCACAUGCAAAAACAAUAUGGCCUCUCGUACCCCCUAGCCUGGACAGUUACUCAUCUGUCGUUCACUGUAAAUAAAGGGGUUUUCAGAAGACAUAUCAGAGAAAGCUUUAUUUUUAUUGAAUGUGUAUUGAAAAAAAAAAAGAAUGUGGGAAGAAAGUGCAGUUUUACUGUUAUUUUUGUAAAUAAUUUUGUGACAAUAUGUUUAAAACGUUUGUAUUGGAUACAUAUGUACUGUACAUGUGCAAGCAUGAUAAAUUACACUUCAACAGUUAUGAAUAGGUUUUUAUUUUCUUCCCGUUUUUGAUUGACUUUUUUUGUAUCUUUCUGGUUGGAGAGAAAUAAAUGGCCACUGAAUGUA